AUGGAUGUUCUUUUAGAUAUUUCAUCAAUAUUCAAUUUUCUUGUUAUAGUAAUUGAUCGUUAUUGUAUUAUUAAUUAUCCAUUUAAAUAUGCUUCGUUGGGUAAAAUUAAAUUACUUGCAUUCAUGAUAUCUGGUAUUUGGAUAGUUAGUGCACUUAUUUCAAUACCAUCCAUCCUGGGCUGGGGACAAAUGGAUCGUCGAUCAAGUAUUCAAAUAUCUCAAUUUUUAACAGACAAUACUACAUCAGCAAAUGUUGAACAAGCAUCUGAAGUAUUAGAUAAACAAAAAUCAACCGAAAAUAGUUGCUCAUCUCAUCAUUCACUUUUAAAUGUGUCUAAUGCAAAUACGAAUACUAAUCGUUCUUCAACAUGUACACCAGUUAAUUGUUGUUUAUCAAUAUUUGUUUCACGUCGUUCUUCAAUAUCUCGUCAUGUUCAUUCACGAAAUCAACAAGCAAUACGUACAUUUGGUGUAAUGCUAGGAUUAUUUCUUAUUUGUUGGCUUCCACUUAUGUUAUUUGCAAUAAUAAAACCUUUAUAUGAAAAUAUAACAGGUCCAUCGAGAUCAUUAAAUGUACCUUCAUGGGUUUAUUCAGUUUUACUAUGGCUUCCCUAUGCAUUGUCAAUGUUACGUCCAUUAAUUUAUGCUAAAUUUAAUCGAGAAUUUCGAACAUCAUUUCAUGAAAUAAUUUGUUGUCAUUGUAAAGAUUUAAAUGAAAAAAUUCAACAACAAGAAUAUUUAGCAAAUUCAUACGGAGAAAAUUAA